UGUCGUUAAUAAUUUACAUCAAUAAUAAACUCUUUCUUUUUCUUUUUCUCUUUUUCUUCUUGAGGUGUACAAAUAUAUACAUAUUAUAAUUAUUAUUCAUAUAUUACACACACACACACACACACAUAUUUAUAUAGAAUAGAUAGAAAAUACAUCUAUUCGCCCAUUAUAAAGAAAAUAUAAAAACGCGUUACAACAUAUAAUAAUGUACAUUAUCAAACCAGAUUGGAUUACUCAUGGAGAUCGUACACAGGAUGCAAGAAAUAAAAAACCUUGUAUUUAUUCUAUCCAUGUUCAUCCAGAUGGAAAAAGAUUAGCUACUGGAGGAUUAGAGGGCCAUGUCAAAAUAUGGAAUACACUUCCCAUUUUUGAUGAACAAGCUGAAAAAGAUCCAGACUGUCACAAAUUACUUUGUACAAUGACAAUGCAUAAUGGCGCUGUCUUAUGUGUACGUUGGUCAAAUGGUGAAGGACGUUAUUUAGCUUCAAGUUCAGAUAAUGAUAAUGUUAUUAUUAUCUGGGAACGUGACAAAAAUGCAGCAGCUGGAUCAGUAUUUGGUAGUAGCGAUGUAAAUCAUGAAUCUUGGAGAGCUAUCAAGUAUUUAAGAGGACAUGAGUCAGAUGUACAAGACUUGGCUUGGUCUAAAGAUAAUCAAUAUUUAGCUUCAAGUGGUGUUGAUGGUUUUGUUAUGGUUUGGAAUGCUUCAACAUUUGAGCUUGUGAAGAAAAUAGAUCAACAUACAGGUUUUGUUAAAGGAGUCGCUUGGGAUCCUUCAGGAAAAUUUUUAGCCUCUCAAUCAGAUGAUAAGACAGUCAAAGUCUGGAGGACUUCUGAUUGGGGUUUAGAAACAGAUAUUACAACACCUUUUAUAAAUGCUCCUGGAACAACAUUAUUUAGAAGAUUAAGUUGGUCUCCUGAUGGUUGUCAUAUAGCUGCUGCUAAUGCUGUAAAUGGUAUUCAAUGUAUUGCUGCUAUUAUCAAUCGCGACGAUUGGAAUGCAGAUAUAUCCCUUGUUGGACAUCAAUUGCCAAUUGAAGUGACUGCAUUUAAUCCAAAAAUGUUUUACAUGAAAGACGAUGAUGAUACUACAAGUAAAUCAUUAUCUACUGUAUGUGCAUUGGGAAGUCAGGAUAGAAGUGUGUCUAUUUGGGUAACAAGGUUCAGUAGGCCUGUCUGUGUUGCAGCAGAUAUAUUUGAUCAUAAUGUGUAUGAUAUGGCUUGGACACCUGAUGGAAAAAAUUUAUUUGCAUGUUCUCAUGAUGGUACUGUAGCUUGUUUAUUGCUUGCGGAAGAAUUACAAGAUAUUGCCCCUGAUGAAGUCAUAUAUAAAGAAUUAACAAAAUAUGGCUAUGGUCGUAAAGAUAGUCAACUUCCAGAAACACCUAUUCAAUUAGAACUUGAGGAUAACGAUAAAACAAGGGCUGAUAAAGCAAAUACAUCAAACCGAAUUACAGAUCUUAUGUCAGGUAAUAUUAGUAUUGAAACAAAUAAAUCUACUAGAGAUACUAUCAUGACAGAGAUAACAGAAGAUUCAUCUGUCCCUAAAAAGGAUAAGGUAUCGGAUGGUGACUCAGUUAUGACUUCUUCAUCUUCUACUACAACUUCCUUUUUACUUGCUCAACAAAAGGUGACUAUCGCUAAAAAUGGUAAAAAACGUAUUCAACCCAUGUCAAUGAGCCCUUCUUCAUCUACCACCUCUAAAACAGCAAGCCCCGUUUUAAGUCAGGAAGCUAAUUUUUCAACACACCAAAAGAGAACGAAAACAAACUCACAAGUACCGUUUUUAGAAUACGAUGAUCCCAUCAUCAUACCUACUACCUCUGGUAUUGGAACUACCAUCAUUGGAAAUAAACGUAAAGCAUCAUCAGAUGAGAACAUGGUGAUAGGUAAUCAUAGUAAAACGCGAGUAAGACCUGAAUGGAUUGAUUCGGCAGUAGCUCCACCUGUUCUUCAAAAGAGUCAAGUUAAAAUAGGGCUUCCAAAAGUAAAAUCGAUUUUAGCUUCAAAGCCACAUCCAAAUGAUCCUACUAUUGUGAUGGAAUGUCAUAAUACAACAACAACGCCGUCUUCUUUAUCUAUUCGAGCAAAGAUUGUAACAAGUCGACAAGGUGUUCCUAUUUGGAUGGAUUAUUUACCAAGUGCUGUAUUAUUGAUGGUGAGUAAUCCUCUCUAUUCUGCAGUAAGUUGUGAAGAUGGAUCCAUCUAUUUAUAUUCACCAUCGGGUCGACGUCUAUUACCACCGUUGAUCAUGGAGAGUACACCUGUUAUUUUAAAGCAACAAGAUCAAUGGUUAUUAGUACUUACAGCUACAGGACUUCUUUAUACAUGGGAUAUGAAUCACAUGAAAGUGGUAUUAGAAGGAAUAUCCAUUGGACCCAUCUUACAGGCAGCAGAGAAACCAGAAACAGAAGAAACAAAGGCGCCGAGUAUUAAAGAUGUCCGUAUACAAAAAAGAAAUGGAUUACCGAUUCUUAUCACCAGUUUAAAGCAAGCAUUUAUAUAUCAUUUAGAUAUGAAAGUUUGGAUGAGAAUUAGUGAUGCAUGGUAUAUUAUUUCUAAAUUUUGGGGAUCUAACGGAUCAUUAGAACCACAAGCGGCACAUCCAUUAGGAUGGUUAAGUUCAAGUAUAAUGAGUCAUAGUGGGCAUGAUCCUAUUGCAAAAAUAUUAAUAGAUAUAGCAAGAGCAGAUGAAAGUACGACUGCUGUAGUGACUUUAAGCCAUAUUGAGACACAAUUAGCGGUAGCUGUAUUACUAGAAUCACCAAAAGAAUAUAUAGAAUGGAUGAAGUAUUAUGCAAGAAGUUUAUCAAAAGAAGGAGCGAAAGAAAAAGUAGAAGAAUUAUGUCGAUGGCUUACAGGGCCACCUUUUAUAUCUUCUGAGCUUACUCCUUGGGAGCCAACUAUUCUGGGAACAAUAUCAAAAAAGGAUCUCUUAAACGACAUUCUUCCUAUUCUAGCUCAAAAUCGACAACUUCAACGCAUUGUUACUGAAUUUAAAGCAUUUCUUCAAUAGAAAAGAGAAG